AUGUUCCAAACCAAUUGCACUGGAGGAGAUGAGUUGUCCCGGAGGGAUGUCUGCAUCCUUCGUUUUUCUGCAGGCACCGCUGGUGUGUGCCUCGACGAAAUCAACGCUGCACGCGAAAAAGCUGGACUGACACACUUCAAGGUGGCCAGCGACGGAGAACACCAGUUGCCUAAAGCUGAAGUAGAGGAAGCCGAUCCGCCGCACACUAGUCCCUGGGAUCCUGUUUGUAAAGCUCUGAUAGAAGAAGAAGCAGAAAAACCACAAGAGUCCCGCGAAUCUAAUGGAUUUAACAGUGGCACAUACGCCUUCAUGGCCUUGGAAUCAGAGACACCCGACUGCGCCGCCGCAGUGAACCACUGGAAGGACGCCGCCAACAAUUUCACUACAAUCCCUCCGCCGAAGAAGAACGAGCUGAACCUCUACGACAAACAGCAGAACGUUUCCUUCAUUGCUCUGUACAACCCUUCGAACAAUGCCGCUGCUGACUGCCGGGUUGUUACCUGCACUCGACCGGCAGCUUCCGAAUUCACUACAAUCCCUCCGCCGAAGAAGAACGAGCUGAACCUCUACGACAAACAGCAGAACGUUUCCUUUAUUGCUCUGUACAACCCUUCAAACAAUCCCGCUGCUGACUGCCGUGUUGUUACCUGCACCCGACCGGCAGCCUCCGACAACUCACCAUCCAACUUCCGGAGUACUGCGGAAGAGAAGAAAGGCUAUGCUCUACUGUGCAUGACCACACCUGAAGCACUUAAAGACAACGAAGCUCCCUUCACGGAAGAGCAAUGGAACAAGAUCAAGGCAUCUCUCACAGGUUCAGCCUCUGCUGUUGCCCCGAGUUUGCUUGCCGUGGCCAUUGCGGCCCUUGGCUUGUUGGCCCUUUAA